AUGGGUUCAACUUGUAAGUGCGAGUUCAAAAGAACUGAAACACUCCAAAGUGAAAUUACAUAUUCAUCAAAGAAUAAGAAUUUCAAACAAACAAAAAUAUUAAAUGAUCAACCAACAAUGGCUUGUCUGAUGUAAAAUGUUAAGGGUUUUUAUAUAAUCUAUCCUAAAAAAAAUCAAAAUCUUCAUAUAUUAUAAUAACAACUUCAAGAAAUUAAUAAACACGAUGAAUAUUAGAUAGAAGAAUGCUUUGAAUUAAUUUCCAAUAAUUCUAAUCAUAAUGUAGAAAGUUUUUUUAAUAUUAAUGGGAUUUCAUACGGAUCAUUUAAAAUGAUUAAUCCAGCUAGUGAAAAAGAACAUAUCUGA